AUGACUCUCGAUAACAGCAUUGCUCGACCAAUUCGGAGAUUUCUAAUAAAAUUCGAAGGAAAAAUUUCACAUUUUUACGAUACAUUCUUCAAAGCAUCGAUGAUACAAAAUGUAGUAUCUGUUGAGAAUCUUUUAAGAAAUAACAGUCAUGUUAAAAUUAAAAAUCUUGAAAAACAAUCUCCAAACAAUAUUUUACAUUUGCAAAGUGAUAUAAUAUCCAAAAUUUUUUCAGGCUACGCAUACAAGAAGGUUUCCACAGAUAUAACCAUAGAAAAAGAUAAACCAUAUAUAAGAUUAAUUAUUAAUGAUCCAAAAACAAAAUCAAAAUUCCACGAUCUAGAUUACAUUGUUAUUAUGAAUGACAACAAAACAUCUAGUACAUCACAAGAGGAUAAACGCUCUGUUUAUAGCAACUUCUUAAAAGAUCAACCAACAAAGAUUCAAGCGGGUAAAAAUCUCAAAAACACUAAAUAUCCAGGACUUUAUGACCAAGAUUUCUUAAAAAGGGUAAAUCACCAACUUUCUAGUAUCAAUAACGCAGAUUUAAGAAAACACCAAAUUAUUAUUAAAAAAUUGCAAGAUAAUGGUGUUAUGCAGAAAAUCAAAGAUAAAACAGCUUAUGCAAGUGCUGGCAACACAAAUCAAAAUCAAAAAUUCAAGGAUAAAUUAAGAGAAAUUAGUAAUUCGUAUAAAUUAAUUAAAGAAUCAAUUACAGUUCUUAAAAAAGAUAUAAUCAACGAUUUCGGAUCAUUUCCAAGCUAUUUUGACACCCUUAAUUCCAAUCUUUCAAAAAUUAUUGAAAACUUGGCAAAUAUUAUAUUUGAAAACAAUCUGGAAGAUCCAGAUAAUUUAUAG